CUAAAUUUACAGCAGAAUUCCCUGAUACCAUGUCAGAAUUACAUAUUAACGUGGAAUUCAGUGGUGGUAUGGAGUUACUUUUCAAUAAUGAACGUAAACAUAAAGUCGUCCUUCCUACUGAAAAGAAUCCUGGUGAACCUACGAAAUUACAAGAUCUUAUUUUUUAUAUUCGAGAUAAUAUGAUGACAGAAAAGAAAGAUCUAUUUGUAGAUAAUGACACAGUACGACCUGGUAUUCUUGUAUUAAUCAAUGAUGUUGAUUGGGAACUUUGUGAUGAAUUAGAAUAUCAACUUGAAGACAAGGAUGAAAUAGUAUUUAUUAGUACUCUUCAUGGUGGAUAAAAAAUAGUUAUAUAUAUAAUAUAGUUUUAAUUGAUUGUAUAGAUGUAUAAAAUAUAUAAUAUGUUUUUUUUUUUU